ACGUGAUAACUCUCUCUCUCUCUCUCUCCCCGUUUUCUCGCCGUCGAUGGCGGUUUAUCUAUUGUAAUUUCAUCGAGGUGAGUUCUGUAUCUUUUUCCGUUUCCCCUCAGGAUUUUCCGAUUAAUUGUCAUAUCAUGGUGUUGUUGGAAUUGUAAAGUUUGACAGAAAUGAUUUUCAGUUCAAGCCCUAAGACUGCUGAUGGUGGACGCCACUUGUUUUUCGAUCUUUAGGGUUUCUUAAGAUGGAUUGUGUCGCUCCUAUGAUUAUUUCGUGUGCCGGUGUAGUGGAUAUGGAUUCGAUUUCUCCGAGGCAUCUAAUUUUUGCUACUCACAAAAACUUCCCUUCUGGAAGAAAACCUCUGAACUCUGUUCAUUCAACCUCGAUUUUUUCUCGCUACCCGGUUUCUCGAUUUCGAGUUCGGGCUAAGCGCUCUAGUUUCCAAGAUUUUCAGGAUUAUGCAAAACCUUCACAUCUUAUACAAGCCUCGGACGCGGAGGUCUGCACGAAAACUUCAAUAUUGAAAAUCCUAUCAUCUUUGAAGGGAGAUGAAUCUCAGUCCCUGUUCAAGGUUGAUAUAAGUACUAGCAAGGUCUAUGGAUCAAAUCUAAGUGACAUGAAUGCUGGAAUUCUCCUGUGCUUGAUAGAUGAAAGGGGAAAUUCUGUAUUACAGAGAGUACCUGCAAGUAUGAUGACAGAUUCUGAUCAUUCUAAAGAAAAGGAUACUUUGGAUGGUCCUGAAAUUCUCAGGUUCCAGAGGGGUUCUUUUGAUGAAUUUGUCUUCAAGGGACCUAAAUUGGGUAGAUUAGAAGCGGUCUGGCUCAGCGUUGAAUCGGGCCAGUGGAGAGUAGGAAGCCUAAGCUUGUACAUUAUAUCUCGGUUUCAACCUUUGAUUGAAAAAGCAGAUGAUGAAGGAUUCCCGUACGCGGGUCUCAAGUUCGAAUUUCCAGCAGCGGAUAUAUUGCUCGGGGAGGGCAGUGACAAAUCAAUGGUGGAACUUAGGCCUUGUCUCGUAUCCAAACUAUCUGGAGUUGAGCCCUUAUCGUUCUUGAACGAAAGCUCCAGCCUUCAAAAUUUAGCUACAAUUGACAGUAUAUCCAAUGAGGAAAGCAUGAAAGAGUAUGCAGAUCUGAAGUUCUCUUUGCUUACUUAUGAUGCCUUGUUGAUUCUUGCUGGCACAUCUGUUGCAUCCUUCUCAGCUGGUGAAAAUGCGGGUUUUGCAUUCUUAGCCGGUGGAAUUCUCGGCUUCUUAUAUCUGUUGCUUUUGCAAAGAUCUGUGGACGAGUUACCCGCUCCGAUGCCAAGUUCCAAAACAACCGGGAGUGAAGAUCGACGAUAUAGAGGCCCUCUAUCAGCCUUGGCAGUGGCAGUUGGAUUGGCUAUUCUUACAGCUAAGUUCAACUUGGGAGAUUCAACUGUGAUGUUGGCACCAAAAGAAGUUGUUAUAGGAAUGCUGGGAUUUCUUGCGUGUAAAGUCUCCGUCGUGUUGGCUGCAGUAAAGCCUAUGGUGCUCGGUCGAAAGGUAAAUGAAUGAACUGAUUGGAACGUUGAGGUUCAUUGUCUAUAUUUUUUGGAAUUUGAAGAGAGAAUUUGAAACAUUCAAAUUGGGGAGAAGAGAACGUAGGAAAAGAAAAAAAUGGAAGUCACCAACAUACUGUGGGGAAAGAAGUUUAUAUUUGUACAAAUACUUGUAAAUAAUGAAGUUUAUGUAUACAUCAUACUUUUUGUGUAAUUUCAAAGUUGUUUAGAACAUUAUUUCAGUUU